GUCGAGCUGAACAUUUUGCAAGCCCGUAGUCACUGUGAAGGUUUACAAUGGGAUUAUUAAAGAAAGUAGGAGGUGGGAUAAUUUGGAUUGUGGAUUUGAUUCUAAUGUUCAUUAAUCGUUACAUUGGCAUUCAGAUUGUGAAAGUAAAGAAGGAUGAACUACUCACGAAAUUCAAAGAGGUUCUAGAAGAAGAUAAUGAUGAGCAUUUAUCAAGAAAAUGGUUGCAGCCUGCGUCGACUUACUUAUCUUGCUUUUCUCGGGACCUACGUAUCAGACCUAGUAUGGCUAUGCUACUCAGCUCCCAGUGGUUUUCCCAUAUCGAGACAGAUAGGCAGAUAAGCAGAUACCUUCAUGAAAAUCCAUCAGUUCUUCAGAUACCAAUUCAGCGACCUAUAUUCAUCAUCGGCCUACCCCGGACCGGUACUACUUUUCUCUUCAAUAUUCUUGCCCAAGAUCCCAACCAUUUGGCGCCACCUCUGUGGCAGCUAUUCGGCUCACCAGUACCACCUCCUCAUACUUCUGAACCAGCGAAAAUUAAAUCGACUCAGUCAGUAAUGGAUUUAUUUUUUGAUGGCGAAGCUUUAAUGAAGCAUGAAGCGCAUUCUCUGAUGCCUGACGAAUGUGUACAUACCCUUGAGCAUACUUGCUGUGGGAGGUUAGGACAAUUUAUGAGAUUAGGCAUGGAUGACUACUUCGAAUGGUACAACAGCCCCGAUCCUGACUUUCAUGAUACUAUAUACAGAUUCUACAAAAAAGUCUUGCAGAUAUUGGCAGUUAACCAAGGGAAAGGGUCUAGAAGGUAUGUACGCAAGGAUUACGGACACAUGGCACGAUUAGACUCCAUCCUCAAGGUCUUUCCCGAUGCUUGUAUUAUUCACCCGUCAAGGAAUCUAAAAAGCAUACUGGGGUCAUUAUUUUCUCUUUCUGAAACAUUGCUCAAACCAGCGUAUCUCAAUCUUAACAAAUAUGAGAUGGCGUUUCAGCUACUUCAACGCUUAAAAUUCCUCACUAGUGCUUUCCUCAAAUUCCGUGAGGAAUACGACCAAAGUUUAACCCCAGGAUCGAAAAGCCAAUUUAUUGAUAUAAACUAUGAUGAACUAGUGGAGACACCGAUGUUGCUUGUGCAGAAGAUUUACGUUUAUUUUGACAUGACCUUGACCCCAGAAGCAGACGUCGCAAUGAGGAAAUAUAUAAAGGAGAACCCUCAACAUAAAUAUGGUCGACAUACAUACAGUUUGCAGCCCUAUGGAAUAUCGGAAAAAGAGAUAGAGGAUAGUUUGAAAGACUAUAUUGAAUAUUUCGACAUUCAUUGAUAAUAACUGCGUUUAAUUUCAUAGUCAAAGAUGAUCCGAGGGGUCACGAUUUGUCGCAUUUUUUCAAGGUUAUAAGCCAAUGUCGAAAUCAGUUGUAUAACAUUUCCCU